AAUAGUCUCCUUCUCCAGCUCACCAUAUCCUCCUCUCCAAAAUACAACCAGAAAACCAGGAGGAGAGAGAAAGAGGGGCGAAAAGAUCUGAAAACCCUAAUCUCAGAUUCUGAAACCCUCUUCUUCUUCUCCAAAUUGGUUCUCUGGUUGUAUAAUCUUCGCACUUGCGUUCUUGGGCACCUCGCUUUUUACCUCCAGGUUGUCCGAGAUACCAUCUGCUCCGAGGCGCCUCACCUUUCUAUUUAUCGGAAACUUUCUGGGAUCUUGAAUUAUACAACCAUGGUGUUUUGGGUUUUUGGCUAUGGUUCACUUGUGUGGAACCCAGGGUUUGAAUACGAUGAGAAGAUCAUAGGCUUCAUCAAGGAUUACAGGCGUGUGUUUGACCUUGCUUGCAUUGAUCACAGAGGUACACCUGAAAAUCCUGCAAGAACUUGCACAUUGGAGCAAAUUGAAGGAGCCAUAUGUUGGGGUGCUGCAUUCUGUGUUCGAGGGGGCCCAGAGAAGGAAAGAUUGGCAAUGGAGUACCUGGAGCGGAGAGAAUGCGAAUAUGAUCAUAAGACCCUUGUAGACUUUUACAAGGAGGAGGAUCCCCUGCAGCCGGCCCUAACUGGAGUUGUUGUCUUCACAUCAACUCCAGAUGUGGUUUCAAACAAAUACUAUCUGGGAGCUGCUCCAUUGGAGGAAAUGGCUAGACAAAUUGCAACAGCUUCUGGUCCUUGUGGGAACAACAGAGAUUAUCUUUUCAAGUUAGAGAAGGCCAUGUUUGAUAUUGGUCAUGAGGAUGACAUGGUGAUAGAGCUGGCAAAUGAAGUGAGAAAGGUGCUUGAAGUUGGUAAAGGGAUCUCCAAGGAAGAGCUGGUCGCAUCACCACUCAUGAAACUUAAAUCCCAAAGCCCCAUCCCUGCCCUCCAACCCAGCCGGCUCCCUGAAGCUGUUGCUGCAGACUCUUAGCAACUUUCUAUGGACUUUUAACAAGGAGGCUCAGACUUCAUCUACCCUUGAUCUUCUUAUUGUGUUAUUUUGAGACAGGACAACAUCUAUUUUCCCAUCACUUUUCAUCUUGUUGACAUUUAGCAUAGCUCAAGCCUGGCCUGCAGGUGGAAUCAAAUUUCAUUGAUGUAACACGGUUUCAAUUUCAGCCACAUUCUUUUUGUCUUGUUAAUUUACUGACAUUCCAUGGCUUUCAAUUUAGAGAUAGGGAAUAGAUUUCUAUAUCAAAUGACAUUUUUCCUGCAUCUCUCCUUUCGAAAGAGCAGAAAAAAUUGUCCAUUUUCCAUGAUUAGUUGCCGGAUUAAUCGGACAAACAAAUUCUGACUGCUGAAUGCAAUACAAGUUAUGUAACAUA